AUGAGCAAUCAGCAGCCUAACGGGACCCAAUCAGAUACCGCGGAAGCUACUUACAAUGAGCAGUAUAAGGGUUUGCAGAUCGGGUCCUAUACGGAUGAGAAACUGCGACAUGCCUCGGCCCAUCACCUACAUAUGACAAGUCGGCGCUUCUUUAUUGGACCAAUCCCCGAGGGCUGGCUACAGGGUCACCGGAAAUCUUGGUAUCGAUCACGGCUUCGAAUCAGAAAUUAUACAUCGCAAACACUUUCGUUCAAGGUUGAUCCUGUUACCUUUUACUAUAGCCAACAAGAUGACCAUGGACCUGGACCAUCAUUGCAGCCACUGGAGGAGAAUGUCGCCCUUACGUUUACCAAUACCAAUGAAGAACCUCAAGAGGAUGAUGAAGAGGAUUACGAGGACGGAGAUGAAUUGGAGACAGCAGAGCCGGGAGAAACAACAGAUGAGCCCGAAGGAGAGCUUCGCGUGCUUCGUCAUCCAUUAACAGAGGCAGAGACCAUGGUGGAGACCGAGAGUGAGAUAGAGUCCGAAACUGAGUCGAGCCACAAUGGUCUCACCGAAGAGGAAGAGGAGGAUGACGAUAGCACGCCCCGUCAGAGCGCCCCUGCGAGCACAAAGACCGCAAGUCAUAUGUACGGGGACGGAAAUGCAUCAUCUUCUUUCGUGACGGCAAGAGAGGAAGUCAGCAGUAGUAGUGGCACAGAUGCCGAAUCAUCUACAUCUACGAUACAUGCUUGUCAAAACCUCGCCGUCCCUGAACAAAGACCUCGAUCGGGUGAAUCACGGAAUCUGAGCGUCACUGCUCCCAGUAUUGGAAAUGCAAGUCCACUUUCACUUACGGCAUCUGCAGUUCCAAGUGAAGCCGAUUCCACCACCCAGCUGCUAAAGGGCAAACAAAAGGACUCAAAGAAGAUGAAAAAUAAAUCUUCUGGGAUAUCAAACUUGACAUUGGAACACCAGGAGCCUCAGGAUGAGGAUGAUGCCGAGCAAGAAACUUCUCAACGAGAAGGACACAUACAGAAGCGAAUUUCACGAAAGAUGGCAAAAUACAACUUGGAUGACAAUAUAAUGGACAAACAACAGAGAUUACGUUCACGUUUAGCCAAGACGAGUAACACCAUAGCCGCAAACCGGCCGCGCCGGCGAAAGCUGCAGGACGGAGAGAUCGUCAAGGCAGAAAGAAUGUUGGUCCUUGUGGAGGAGUCUGUCAAAGACACACUUCCAGCUGACUAUUCUGAAAACGAAAGUUUUCGAAUGGAAACUCGAACCAUAGACAAGUGGCGUGAGUUCCUAGUUGUUUGCCGCAAAAGCUCAGCAGAACAUGCACCAUUUGUCCUACAGAUGUACCGCACUCGUGUCAUCCCAGACGUGCAGAAUCCGAACGUGAAGACAAGACCUUACUAUGAGGUGCGCUUAAAUCACAAAAACACCAAUGUCAACCUUUACUCUACACUCGACAAGACCAUCGUUAUUUGGCAUCCUCACAAAGUCGGAACCAAGAUUUAUAUUAUUCGACCUAAAUCCUCGGCUCAUGCCACUGAAUGGUACACCUUCAUUCGCCAGGUGCUCGGAUGGCGCCGACCUACCAAGCUUCCUAUCUAUGUACCUGAUCUUGGCGUCUCCUUGGUAUUCAAAAAUCCCUUCCAACGGUUAGAAGAGCGGCUGGGGAUGGGCCACGAUGAUAAUCACCACACCACGGUGCUGAGUCGCUCUGCAGGGGAGGAAAAGAAUGUCGCUGCUGCCAUUAUUCGAGGGUGCAUCGAAAUGCUCGAAGGUCGUCCUGAGUGGGCUGAUGUGCUCAAGACCUGGUCUAAGACCGAGAAGAUGGGUCUUGCCUGGAAACGAUACGAUCGCCUUGAAUGGGUGUAUGGUGCCAACGAAGAGAAUAUGUAUGGAACCAUCGCGAUGCAAUCGUCACAUGAACUUGAGCUGCGACCAAGACAUCACUAUUCCACAGUGAUCAAGCAUACUGCUGACAAGAAACUGGCGGAGAAGAAGGAAGAUGAGCCACCACCCGUAGAAGGAUUCUUGAUUCGCCUCACAACACAGAAAGGUGUUCACCAGCGAAGAAACAAGAUGUUUUAUAAGCGUCUUUACUACUUCACCGAGGACCAUCAUCUUCUGUUUUGCAGACCGGCCAAGGCGUUUCCUCCAGCACCCCCAAAACUUGCCCCAACAGAGGAUUCCAGCAUCCCAUCUUCCCUUGAGAUUUUAAACAAUGCACCCUUAUCUUGGGACGUCGAUCCUUAUCCGAUUCAGGAUGGAGAAGUCGAGUGGCUCUCGAGUGGCAAUCCCGAGUACGUCCAACGACACGACGAAGAAGCGUACGCUCAGUGGCAGAGAAAUUUGCACAAUAUCAACCAUGCCGAUGGCUACAUUGAUUUAUGCAAAGUGCGCGAUGUUCGUCGUGUCCAACCGGGAAACAUCUCUACUGAUGCUAACCUUGGAGAGGGUGCUGCCGUUAACUUCAAUUCCGACGUAGCCAACUCUCGUCAGAAUGACGGUGCCACUAAGGAGCUUGACGAUGACCGUACCCUUGAAAUAUCACUUGAAAAUGGUCUGGUAAUUCGCCUGCAAGCGUACGACGAAGUUACCAGUGAUGAAUGGGUAAAAAGACUCGAUGCCUUGGUGAAGUACUGGAGAGCGCGCAGUGUGGCCGAUGCCGUCGAGCUGCAGGCUGUGCGACGACGUAAUCUUGAUCUAUUGGAGAUUGACGAAGAGAUGGAGUCAAUAAUGGGCCAAUUUGCAAAGAAGUGGGAGGUGAAAAAGGCGGAGGCAUCGCCACAUUUGCAUAAUAUGUGUUCUCUUUCCGGUUGUAGAACAAUCAAGAUGUCUGGUCAGCUCUACCGCAAACCUCGCCGCCACACCACCUUUUCCCGUUGUCACGUUCUUCUGGCCGAUGGGAAGCUUCUCAUAUUUCGAAGCACUUUGCGCAAGCACAAUGGCGUUCAGAUCCCCCACAUUCAUCAAGAACACGACACAACCAUUGACCUGCGCGACUGCUACAUUUAUUCGGGAUUGGUCACCGAGAAGGAUCUACUUUAUGCCAAUCAAACAUUCGAUAGUAAUAAUCCAGGACUCCAUGCCCUCCCUCGAGUAUAUCUCUCGUCGGAUUCCUUCACCAGUCGUGAUGAAGACACUGCCAUUACUUUUGUGAUCUGGCAGCCUACCCAGAAGACAUACUUCCGUGCCCAAGAACAUACACUGCAGGGCACUGCUAAGCGUUCCUUGCGCCAUGUUUCUACACUUGGAAAGCAUGGCCGAACUAUUGUCUUCAAAGCACGCAGUCGAGUUGAAAAAGAUCGAUGGGUGAUGAGUAUCUCUUCUGAGAUUGAUCGCUUGCAAGAGGAGAGAGCCGAAGAUAUUCGAAUUGUUUCUAAAUAA